UUGUGUUUGUGUUUGUGUUGUGUUUAAAUUCUUAAUUCUUGUGUUUGUGAGUUGAUCUGUUGAUGUCAAAAAUCCAAACAAUCUUUCACAGAUUACAGACAAAAGAUUUAUGAUUUAAAUUUAGGUUGGCGUUUAUUUAAAUGGUACAUAAAAAAACUUAUCAUGCCCACUGAUAAGUAAUGGUUUUUAUCUAAUGUGAAUCUUUGGAAACGUUUAGAGAUGGAUCCAACCUUACCACCUGACGAGCAUGAAGCAGAUCCUUCUUUUUUGAUUAUGGAUGAAAGUGAUGAUGAAGAAACUAUCGCUCAAGAAGAGUCAUUGGAGCCGGAAAUUGAUCCUCAAGAAGAACUGCAUAUUUUAGCAAGUGAUUUAAAUGUGACCCUUGAAGAGCUUACAGCUCAAUCUGAUUCAACUCGUUCAAGACGCGCCCGUAAAAAGGUUAAUUACCAGGCUUUACUGCUGAAGGAACAAAUGAAAAAACUGCAAACUUUAGAAGCGGAACAAAAGGAAUCCACAUCCAAUGCAGAACAACAAGCUGGAUCAUCUAGGGAAACUUCAUCCAAACCCCCAACUGACUCCUCAACUGAAGACUCAGAAGAACUUAGUGUAUCAGAACUAACCAAGUUCUACAUGACCAACUCACUGAGCAAUGAAGAUGAAGACGCAGAUGCUGAUUUCAAACCACUGUUAAGACCCAAAUUUAACCGAGAAAUUCGUGUAGGCCCCUCAUAUCAAGCAGAGGUACCGGAGGGGCCGACCGCCACCAAUUUCGCUGAUGAAGAUUCAGAAGAAUACGACGAGGAACUACUGUGGAGACCUUCUCAAGAGCUUAGUGAACAGGAUGUAGAGGCUUACUUGGGUCGGAUCAAUGAAAUUGUACACCAAGCCAUGAGUCAAAGAGUUAAGAACAGAGACAACAAAAAGGCUUUGGAGAUUUUACUUCAGUGUAAUUACAACCAAGAAUUAGCACUUCAAAAAUUCAAGGAAACUCUUGAAGAAUACUUAAAUGGGGAAAAUAUUGAAAAUCACUUUAAUAACAGCAAAGGAGAUUCUACUAAAGAAGUUAAACGUACCAAGGAGUUAGAUGGAAAUGAAGAAAAUAACUCAGUUGUCCCUAAGAUGGCGAGAAAAGAAAAUGCCAAUCCAAGUGAAUCAUAAUAGUUUUAAACAUUAAAAAUGGUAAACCUUGUGGUAAUCAUAUAGAAUAUACUUGAUACUGCCACAAUCAGUUCAUUAGGAAGUCAGGAUAAACUAAACAUCUUGGAAAUUCAACUGCUAAAACAGUAAGUCUUGGUCUGAAACAGAGCUAUCUAAUCCACUCCCUCUUUCUUGCGGAAUUUUUAGCUUGCAAUAUGUAUACAAAGUGUGUCGCUAUACCCAAUUGAAGUUAUUAACUGGCAUAAAAUGUUAAGCAGAUUUCUAUUUUCCAGCAAAUUUUUGUAAAUGUAGGAAAAACAGCAUUAUGAAGUUUUAAUACACACUCUGUAUAACAACUGAAAAAUCUAUGUAUAAUUUGAUGUUUGAUGUUUCAGUCUAUCAUCAUGAAACUCAGUGGUGGCGAUAGCGGGCCCGCGAGCUAGGGAGGCCCUUGCAUGAGCCUUGACCGGGAUUUUUCAGUAAAUUUUACCGGGACACGGGCCCGCGAUUGUGCGACAGGCUCAGCCACACGGGUCCCCUAUUGUGUAACAAUAUUUAAGUAUAUGAGAAUUACCAUACGUUUUUUCAUGACGAAAUUUUGUUCAAACCACCAAGAGCACUAGGACAAGUAGCUUAUGACUGCUAAACUGUCACUAUUACUUGACCGAUCGAUAUAAACUCUCUACCAACCUAAGUAAAAGAAUUGUCAACAGUCGUGCAGGUUGCAUCAACUGUCGUCCUUGUGUUGCUUAGUCUAUGUCUAUGUCCUAGCCCCCGGCGGGUCACACCAGAGACGGCCCUCUAUGCUAAAUCAACCAAAUGAACUUGAAAAUUUUUUUAACUAGGGAUGGACGAGAUUGGAUUUUUAGUUCGAGACGAGACGAGAUUUUUUAUUUCUCAUAAAAUUUCGAGACGGGAUUUCCCUUCUCAUACACAACGGGAAAUGCACGUUCAAAAUGUUUACCUGAUUUUGUAACAUUGUUAGAUGACUGUUUAAAUACAAAAAUAAUGAUAAUAGGCAAGAAUAUUUACAAUCUUUUAUUAAAAAACAUCAGCAUAACAUUUUUUUAAUAUCACGCCUAACUUAUUAAAAAUGCCUACGAUUAGGAAACAUAGUGAUAUCAUUUAGGAUAGAGUUCAACUUAUCCUAAAAUAAAAUAAAUCAUAAAAUAAAAGCAAUAUUAAUUUUUAUAAAAUAGUUAGGUACUUGUUUUGACUUUUUAUAGUAAUAAAACAUUCCUCACACUGCUUACACUUAACAAAACUUCUAAAAUGUUAUUAAAGUAAUAUUAUUAAAAUAAUUAAAGUAAUAUUUACAUUUAAAGAAUUAAUUAAUAAGAACGCCUUCGCAAAGGAAACGCAACUACAACACGCUCCUGUAUUGCGGGUAUUGCAUUGACUUUCUGCAGGCGUUUUUAAUUUUUUUUUUUUUUUAUUCUCGUCUCGAUAAAAAUCUCGGCCAAAAAAAAAUCUCGUCUCGUGUAACGAGAUUUAAAAUUUCCCGAAAUUUCGAGACUUGACCAUCCCUAUUUUUAACGAUCAAAUCGGCAAAUUAACCUAGGUCGCAUAAUUAUAUUCUUCCAUUGAUGCUAAAGAAGGAUUUUCAUUUAAUUUAAUUUCUUACUAUUAGGAGGCUGCCCUUUAGAUUUGUUUACUUCGCACUUUAGAUUUGUUUACUUCGAGUCAGGUAAAAAAAUGUUACUUACCUAUAAGCCUUAGGCCAAAUCAGAUCGGUUCAAAAUCAGUUUGUUUUGAAAUGGUUGAUUUGUUAUAAUAUAAUGUCGAUUUUCCAGCCGAGCAGAGCCUGACCUACAAGCUUGGGAGAUCAAGAAAUAAACAAACUCAGAAAAUCAAGCUCGAACCGAUUUUCCGGCGAUUUUCUCAGUAGGCCUACUCAAUACAAUAAUGCUCAAUUAUAAAAGUAAAAGCUUUUAUGUCCGCAAGGAUCACUCACGCUCAUGAAAUUGAAAGAUUAGGCCAACGCUUUUGCCGCGAUCGUGGAUAUCGACGAGAACAUUUCCCCGCGGGUGACGAUGACGAUGUCUCCGCGACCGCAGGAGAUGUUCAAUAUUUUACCGCGAUUGCAGAAGACGAUAAAGACGUUUCAUUUUCAGCAAGAGAUAUAUCUAGGAUUCUGCCACGAUAUUAGGCCGUGAUAUUAGAUUGGGCCGUGAACGCGGGAGACGAUGAUAUUGCUAUCUGGUGAUGUCAUAGGUUUGGUUACAUUUGCAAUCACGGUAGACUAUGAUAAUGUUUCUCCCAUGACUACGGAAAGUAUUCACGAUUUUGACGCGAUCAUGGAAGACGAAGAUGACGCCUCGGGAGAUGCCUUGUCAAAUUUAUUGCAAAAAUGCAAGUAUAGGCGGUAAUACAUGUAAACAUGUUUUUAAAGAUUAUUGGGAGAGGGGUCCCGGCAAACAAACUUGCGGGGGGCCUGCGGGCUCUUAUCGCCGCCACUGAUGAAUCUGAGUUAUUAUCAACUAUGUGUUAUAUUGAGAUAAAUGGUAACUGUUGAUAAAUAUUUUGCUGAUGUUUAUUGGAAGCUUUAUUGAGUGUUAUAAAUUAUAUGUUUCCUUAUAUUCAAACAUACAAAUUAUAUAUUAAUGGAAGAAAUAAAAAUUAAUUGUAUUUUUUAAUGUUCUCAUAUGUUUAUUGAUGUUUGUAUGUUUACCUUAAUGCAAAUUGAGUGUAAGCAAAACCUGUUCAGAGAGUAGCAUCUAUUGUUGAAAAGACUGUGUUUUUUUCAUACUCGGCGUUGAUCUUAGUGUAAGCUUUAUUUUAUAGUGUACUUGUUCAUAAAGCUUGUAUUAAAAUGAACUCACUGGAAUCAUUCCUAGUGAGCAGGUUUGCUGUAAUGUUGUGUUUUUGUGACUUAAUGUAUUUAAGGCAAGACAUUUUAUGAUUUAAGUAUAAAAGUUACACGUUUUACCAAUCAAAACGUCCAUUCUUUGUGUUUUUUUUAUUUAAAGUAUCAGUUACCCCUUUUACCACGUGUUAUUGUUAGUGUCUUUAGUAAUAAAAUGUCUUGUCUUUAAUAUUUGAGAAUAUUAUAGGCCUUUUGGUAAGUUAGCAUUGUUAAAACUGGUUCAAAUAGUUGAACAAAAUCUGAUUUACACUUAAUUAAUAUUGAAAAAGCUCUCCAGUUAUUAAGGAAUGAAGUGUGACAUUAAGUUAGGGAGGAAUAAAAAUUAAGAGACCUUUGUAAUGAUGGGAGUCAAAAAAAGAGCCUUUGUAUUUACUACUGAUCUGUGCACUCAGCAACAUGCCUUAGAUCCUUAGACAGUUCCCUUACAAGACACGUUAAAAAUGCCAAAGGCAUACAAAAUUAAAUUCAAAAUAAAAAUAUUGAAAUAAUGCAGCAUAUCAGGUUCUAUUUGAUUACAUGAGUGAAAUUGAACAGAAACGCUUUUCUAAUAAUAAUAGGGUUAUACAAUUAUGAUUUUGUGAGAUGCCUUGGCAAUCUCAAUAUUAUUAGAACAGAAUAGUUCCUUUGCUGCGUAACUAAUACUGUAUUAAACACGAGAAUAAAUUACUGUCCAGCCGCCUCCGUGCUGUUUUGUUACACAAAUAUGAAAUAACUCAAAUGUUUGCUCACAGUUGCAGCUUUAUUCACAGUCAAAACAAUUCAAGUCAAAAAUUACUUAGUAAACUGGUAAACCAUGCUAAAAUUGUUUAACUCAAGCAGAUUACAUGUACAGAAAAAAAAUCUACAUCUGAUCGAGCCAGGCCCCCGCUAGAGUCCUGGGCUCUGGCCCCCCUGCCCCCACCCUCUAGCCUGCCCUGCUUUUGAGGACUUACUCUUUCCAUAUUGUUUUAACCCUCAAGAUUAGCUUUAAACAUUGGUGAAAGUUAUAUUAAUAUAGACUGCUGCUCUAAAAUCCUAUUUCCAAAAACAGGUUAUAUGAGUAAAAAAUACUAAAGCAUAAAGAGCAUAAUACAAAUGGUAAAAGUGCUACUUUGUGAUCACACUGUUUUGCUAACACUUAUUCACAUCAUUUUAUCUGUUAACAACGUGUACGUGUAUAAUGUUUGUAAGCUGUACUUAUGGUUUUAGGACCACCAUUUUUUAGACUGGGUGAUAUUUUUCAGAUUUGGAAAUGAAUUUGUUUAUAAAAUCAAUGAUAUAUUUAUGGUUUCAGGAAAAAAUGUAUUACUAUUUAUAGAUAAUAGGACAUCUAUUUUAUAGUACUCUGUGUUAUAAAUGUCAUAACUGUGCUCAUGUUUCGUAAGGGUAUAAAUUUACAGCCCAGAUGUAAUUUUUGACAGAAAUUCUUGGAAAUGGUGAGUUUGGUUAAAGAUAUCAAUGUUCUUUUAUUUGAAACCAAACUUACCCCUAGGGAUACACAAUUUUGUGUCAAACUCUAUAAUGCUUCAUAAUGUGCAGAUAUAUAUAUAUAUACAAACACAGUGCUCUAUUUGUAAAAAUUAGGUGCUGGAACUUGAACCUAUUUAUAUACCUAUAUGUGCCGACAUUUUUAUCAUUCCAAAAGAGAGGUACCGAAACUCCGUUCCGCCGCAAAUCUACAUUUUUUACAUCAUAUAAGUACUGACUGUAUUGAGACCCCCCCCCCCUUAAGAAAAUAUUCACUGGUUAAGACAAAUAAUUUAAAUAACAUUGCAAUAUUUCAACAUUGAUAUUGCAAUGAAUGAAGCCAACCAAAUUAAGACAAUCGUUUUCAAAUAAUAAAAUUGGUAAAUUAUUUUAG